CUUUAAAUUGAGUUUAAACCGAAAGAAAAACUUACAGAAUUUUUUUUAUCGCAAUACCACUUUUCAGACGAGCUAAUAAUUUACCUUUCGCAACGUAGUAAUUUACCGGUACUGAACGAAAUGACAUAUCAGUUAUUUGAGGACUGACAAUUAGGCCCAAGUCACCGCAGUGAACCAUACAGCGUGAUUCAGCAAAUUUUAUCGAACUUAAUCGUGAAUUCAGUAUGUGUCUUAUGUAAGGAGCUGAUUUUUUUCAUUCUGUAAUAACAACGUUUUUAAUAAGCUUUCUGUAAUAAAGUAUAAAGUACCCUUUAACAGACACAUUAAGGCUUGAAAAAACAGUUUCCUUAGUGGAAAGUAAUAUGUCACUCUGUACACAGGUGAAAGAUUUAGUAAGUUGCCGCCACAAUAUUAAGAAAGUCGGUUCUGGGUACUGCACCUAACAUCCACAUAGAAAAAUCAAACUAACUUUGAGUGAAAUUAAAAACAGAAGUGUCAGCAUUAUGAGUGCAAAAGGAAUCGAAGUGUUGGAUGCAGAAAUGGGAGCAGACAGGAAGAAAGAGUACAUUGGGGUCUCUCCAGGGGCGAGGAACUGUCUGCUGACAUGAUAGAAGAAAUAGAUGUCAAUUUGGAAGACAACUGAUCUGUGCCGUUACUUCAUGCUUCCUUAUAUAAAUCUGGAUGAAAUUGACAUUAUGUGCUUGUGCUGACUUGGAGAAUUUUCAAUAACUGCCAUAAUGACUGAUAACUUAAGCCCUUUCGUGUACUGGGCACAAACGGAGAAUUGUGUGACACUGAAGGUUGAUUUAAAAGAUGUAAAGGAUCCACAAAUAAAACUUACACCAAAUAAACUACAGUUUUCUGCCCAUGGCCAGGGUGCUAAAGGACCACACAGCUACUCAUUUUCAUUGGAUUUCCACUCUCCUAUUGAUAAAGAGGGUAGUAACCAUAAGAUAUCUGACAGACAAGUGGAUUUCACUUUGAAAAAAGAAAAUGAUAGCUGGUGGCCGCGACUUACAGCAAAACCUCAGAAACCAGCAUGGUUAAAGAUUGAUUUUGAUCGUUGGAAGUCAGAAGAUGAUGUUGAUGAUGACACCCCAAGAGAUAUCAGAGGAGAUUAUCCAGAUCUUUAUGACAAAUUGCAAAAAGAAGAAAUGGGAUACAGAAAAGAAGACAUGAAGAAGGUUUAUUUGGCCUUGUAUAACUUGGUUCAAUUUGUUGGUUUCACAUAUAUCCUGACGGUGAUGGGAAUUAGAUAUUAUCGUGAUGGACCAAAUUCCAUGGAAGGAACUUACCAAGCUGUUGGAAGUGCAAUGAAAUUCUGUCAGCUUAUGCAGUUUAUGGAAAUUAUGCAUCCACUAUUUGGUUACACCAAAGGAGGAAUAUUAGCACCAAUGCUGCAGGUUUCAGGAAGAGGAUUUGUGUUGUUUGCCUUGAUUGAUGCUGAAGAACGAAUGCAAGAGAAACCAGUUAUUUUUUACUUAUUCUUUAUCUGGAGUGCCAUAGAAGUUGUAAGAUAUCCAUAUUACAUUUCUCAAGUGUACAAAACAAACUUACCAGUUUUAACAUGGCUGCGGUACACAAUGUGGAUCCCACUGUAUCCACUAGGAUUCCUUUGUGAAGGAAUAAUUAUGUUAAGGAACAUUCCAUACUUUGAAGAGACUCAGAAGUUUACAGUUUCUCUUCCAAAUUCAUUAAAUUUCGCAUUCCAUUUCCCUACUAUGAUACGCGUUUAUUUACUGGUCCUGUUUUUCCCAGGGCUGUACACAGUUAUGUCUCACAUGUAUCGGUCUCGAUUGCGCAAGCUUGGGCCAAAAAAGUGGAGAUCAAAACUACAGUGAAUACGAAGCAUCAAACACGAGAACGGUGAUGGUGGCAAACGGUUAUGUGAAAGUUGGAAGGGAUACUGUGGUGGUGUAAUAUUGGACCUGUGAUCAUUUUCAGUGCUAGUCAUUUUGUACAUCAAACUAUUGUAAGCAACCAAUGAUUAAAAAUAAAACUGUCAUUUCACAUUGUAGAAAUUA